AUGCCCCGACUGAGCCCCGACUAUCCUGGGUACAGACCCCCCCGCAUCCAGUAUCUCAAGUCCUUCCUCCCCGUCGUCGCCCUCGUCCUCCUCCUCUCCUUCGCCCUCUCCUCCUACUCCCUCCUGUCCCAUUCAAAGUCCCCCGCAGCAAAGCAGCACCUUGGAUGGCAGGCAUGGGAUCUCGUAGACAUGGCCGCAAGCGGCAGUGCGGAAGAAGACACUGAUCUCAGCUUGAGUAAUGAUACCACGUUUGUUCCAAGCAUACCACUGGAUAAUUGGGACCCGUUGGCUUUACAUACGACAGGAUUGACCGAGAUCGCCGUCAAGCCGUGCUACUUUCCGCCCUGGCUGUUCCCCACGUAUUGCGCCCCGGAAACGACACCGCAGCUCGACAAGUCCAAGGGCAAAUGGGUGAUCGUCGAGCGUGAUUUGAACGCUCGAACAGGCAUCUGGUACCUGAACAUAUACUAUCGCCGCACUCGCCGCCUCGACACCAAACUCAUCACCGACAUCCGUAUCCUCGAACACCCACCAUCCGCUGAAGACCAGGCCAUUCUGGACGCUGAGGAGUGGGUGCUUGCUAGUGGAGAUCUGCACAAUGGGGUCUGGCCGUCUCAGAACGAGAUGCGCAUCUGGUACAAAUUGGGAGAUCAGAGCUGGGGCGAUUGGAAGCGACAUCGGGAAAGACAGGACGAUACCGAGUCUGAAGACCAACAAGAUUUGGAUCAGCCGGGCGAAGAAGACUCUCCACCAGUAUCGGAAGGCGAGGGAUCCUCUGAUUCGGGCCAAGUGGAAGAGAUAGGAGACAAAGUCGACUGGUCGUACGGUGACUUUAUUAAUGAGAUUGAUAUCAUCUAUGGCGAUGACGACCCUUUCUUUGCUUUCAGGCGGAUCACUGGGGGGCCGGUGAUGAGGGCUGAAAAGGGACGAUGGGAUAGUGUAGACAUUGCUCUACGGAAAGGCAACCCUGUGGCCCCCAGGGCCAUAGUGCCCACAUUUCACUCUGAUGGUUCCCUCAAGAUCAUGCAAAUUGCCGACCUGCACUAUUCUGUCGGUACUGGGGAAUGUCGUGACACCGACAAAGAAGGCUGCAUCGGUGAUGUCGACACUGCCACCUGGCUCGCUGAAGCGCUCGAAGCCGAGCAGCCUGACCUUGUUGUCUUCUCCGGUGACCAGCUGAAUGGACAAGAGACUUCUUACGAUUCCCGAUCCGUCCUGGCGAAGUUUGCUAAACCGGUUAUCGACCGCAAAAUACCAUGGGCGGCUGUCUUUGGGAAUCAUGACAGUGAGAUCCUUGGGGAUAGGGAGGCACAGAUCAAAACGCUUCAGAAUAUGCCGUAUUCGCUGUCGCGCCCAGGUCCAAAGGAUGUGGAUGGUUUUGGAAAUUGUGAGUCCAAAAUGCACGUCUUCACACUCUAUUUUCUAGACUCUCACGACUACCAAAAGCGAAAGCUGCCUUGGAGCAAGCCUGAUUACGACUAUAUCAAAACGUCUCAGAUAGACUGGUAUCGUAACGUCUCAUCGUCUAUCAAACCGAUUCAACGACCCUUUACUCCCGACGGAGCGAGCGACCUUGCAGGUAUCUGGCCUCGCCGUUCCCAGCCGUCUCGCCUUCCCCGUGCAGAGCAGACCUUGGCGAAGCCCAACGCCAUGAUGUGGUUCCACAUUCCCCUUCCCGAAGCCUACGCUCCCGCCGACUCCACUCUUGACUCUGGAGAGCUGGACGUUGGAAGACAAAUUGAUGGGGAUGGUAGUUCACCAAGAAAUUCGGGAUUCUUUUACAAUGCCAUCAAGGCCUCGAUGGAGAGCGAAGAAGGGGAAGGGGCGUGGAAGACAAAAACCGCGGAGGUCAAGGUGCUCAGUCAUGGUCAUUGUCAUCUUACAGAUAGGUGUCGGCGGGUAGAUGGCAUCUGGCAAGCUCUCUCUUCGGUGAUGUGUUUCGACGGAGGCUCUUCGUUCUCUGGCUAUGGCCAAGCCGAGUUUGAUCGCCGAGUCAGGAUAUAUCAAAUAUCAGAGUAUGGUGAAAAAGUGGAAAGUUACAAGAGGGAGAGCAGCGGGGCGAUUGUAGACAAGCAAACGCUCGUUGGGGAUGGAGCGCCCACAGGCGGAGGACAGGAUCAGGUAUGA